UGAUUAUUGACGUAUCAUCUAGACUUUCGUCGCAUCAAGGAAAAAUGACAAGCUUUUUCUCUCGUGUCCGUUCCGGAACCACUACACCGGCGACUUCGGUUGGAAAUGGAAAAGAAGAGCAUGUUGUGUAUAUGACGGACCAAGUAGAAAGGGACGAAAACAUUACCUGUUAUUGAACAAUGUUAACUUCGCAUUUUCUGCUCCAAUUUAACGAAAAACACAGAUGCUUAGGUUUCUGUCUUUUCCAAUCAAUUUUGUUUCUAGGUCUAGAUAGUUUUUAUCAAAUGAAGAAAUAUGUCUAUGAGAAUGUGGCAGCGACCGAUGUUCGCUGUGCUGCCUCGCGGAGUCGCAUCAGCUUCGGCGCAAACACAAAGAUUCUCGUUCUCGUCUGCAGGUGCGGAACCGGUGGGGCGGCGAAGUCAAAGCAUAAAAAAGACCCUUGCAGAGACGAAAGCGGAGCACAUUUCUGACGGUGCUUCUUCUUCGGGGGCGCCAAUCGAUCGGUACGGUCGAAGAUACAGGCAAAGUAGCAACGCUGGCGAUGCGUGCGUGUUCGUCCAAGCUCUUGUCGCCAAGCUAGAGAAAAACAAAUACGAAGUCUUUCGCUUGCCGCGGUGUAGCAGAGGUAGUUUUUUGAUUCGAGUCCGUGGAGAUGGGAACGAAGAUCAAGCGUCGGCAUCAGACCGAUGGCAGGCUAUCAGAGUGAAGAGCGCUCGAAGGAGGUAUGAUAGUGCUGCUAAAAGGUACUUCUUCUGUGGUAGUGGCGGUGGGCCCCGGCCUGAUGUUGGGCUGGCACUAGUGUGCACGGAUGAGGAGAUGAGGACGGAAUUCGUGCAUUUCGAGGACAUUGCGGUAGAGUACGCUGGCGGACCGCAGUACUGGUUUCGGCGUGGUGACAUCAAGGCUUCCGCUUCCGAAGACGCCCUGACUCGCGCUUCGGUGGAACUUGAGAGGGUGCUUUCCCGGAUUCCGAAGCGCUCGCUCUCCGAGUGGCUGGCUGCACUCGCAACGCGGGAGCAAGAUCAUGUUCGUCAAUAA